AUGAAUAUUCUUCUUCUACCGGUGGAAGUCCAUCUGGACAUAUUUAAACAUCUCAACUUUGAGCAAGUAUUCUCUAUUCAACAAACAAAUAGCUAUUUCCGCUCAUUAAUUGAUAAAUAUAAACUUACUUUGGCAAAGAAGAAAUUUUAUUCUCUUGAGACAAUUGUGUAUAAAUCGGCUAAUGAUAAGAACAAAUAUUUAAAAUUGAAGGAAGAGGAUAUUGGUUUGGAUGAUAUGCUUUGUUGGAGUGACGACCUUAGGGAGAAGUGGCAAGUUGCUGUUGAUAACAAAACUCCAAUGUACUUGUUUUCUGAAAGUCUUAAAACAAAGGAGCCUUAUAUCAUCAACUUUGCUAUUUGUUUGACUAAAGAGAAGCCUAAAGGAAAAGCCUCUCGUUACAGCCUCUGCGUAUUUCGUUUAGUGAGAAAAAAGAGGCGGGGCUUAUGGGGGGGGGGGGGGGAAACUACACAAAAACCGAAAAGUCUAUGUUUACUCAUCCAAUCUAUGGCAAUAAGUACCCGAUCACGCAUAAAGGUGCGUCGGACUUGGCAGGAGUCAACAAGUGACAAGUCCGCACGUCUUCUCUUAAAGUUGCCUUAUAUUCCAAAUCUCAAAGGAAUGCUUCUUUGGCGUUUUUGGUUGGAAAAACUUUUAAUACAUUGUGCUUACGAAGAAAAAAUUGUUUUUGAGAAUGUCAUCUUCAAUCCAAUAAUGAUUCAACUGCUAUUCGAGACUAUGAAAAACCCGCUUAUUUCAUUAAAAAUGAAUUAUUGUGAGAGUGGUACAUGCGCUGAUGGGGGCCAGUUUAGUUUUCGAAUGUUUCCAAACUUUUCGGAGGAUAUGGAGAAGGAGAAUGCUUCGCAAAAUUUUCCGUGGCUGCAUUAUGCGAAAUUUGCUCAGUUGUCGUGUUGGAUCUUCUUGCAAGAUGUGGAUGCUUCUGGUUUGGUUAAGGAACUCAAUUUUUGCUUUAUUUCAACUUUUGGAUAUCGUAAUCGUGUACCUAUGGAAUAGAAAUUAUUUGUUUGUA